GUUCAUAACACAAAGUACAUUAAUUUUGAGUCUUCAUAUUCUUUCUCUUAAUAUCCUAAUACAAAUUUGAAACAUUAGAGCUACCAUUCCAUGGAAGAAAGUGUUCAGAAUCUGUUUAGAUAUUUGCCAGAUGAAAUUCUAGGCUGCAUAGUAUCUUUUCUACCAAAUGAAUAUGCACUUGAAACCAGCCUCAUAUCUACCAGGUGGAGAGACUUAUGGAACCAUGUUCUUGUUAAACAUGGAACUAUGGAAGAUAUCACUGGUGCUGUUGCUGAAUUUCUAGCCAAUUUUGAUGAGUUAGAUCCGUUAAAGCGACCAUGCAAGCUUCGAUUUCACUUUGCUGAUGACAAUGCACUCCUUGCAGCUAUUGCAACUAAUAGUAAGCUUCUUCUUGAUUUUUCUUAUGGGAUGAAAAAAAUUGAAAGAAAAUAUGAACUUCGGUUCAAGCUCGAUAAGCAAAACUUCACCUACCAUUCUGUUUUCCUAUUCAAAAGUCUCUAUUUGAAAUCAUUAAGCUAUUUGACAAGUGAGGUAGCUUCUUCGAUCGUUUCGAAUUUGGAUCAUCUUGAGAAUUUAACGAUCACCGAUUGUUGUGGAUUACAAUCUUUGUUCAUUGAAUCUGAAUCAAAGCUUCACAAGUUAACAAUCUUGGAUUGCUUGCAGUUGAAGUCUCUUCAUCUUAGAACUUCUAAACUUAAAUCAUUUCGAUAUCGCGGGCUUCUUCCACGGAUUUGGCCAGAAUCUCAUUUCAACUUGUGCCAUGCCAUCCUUGAUUUCAGACAAGGCCUAAGCUGCAGGGAUUUGAGUGCUCAAGAUUUUGAUGAAAUACUAUUAACCAUAAAGAAUUCUGAAGUUCUUACUUUAUGUGAAUGGACUUUUGAGACACUGAUAUGGCCAUCAAUUUCUCCUUCGAGUGGAAGUUUUAUAUUCUAUAAAUUGAAAGAGUUGUGGUGGAUUGACAACCAUGAGAAUGAAAACAGCAUCAAUGCCUUAAUCUCCUUCUUGAAAUUAUGCCCUGCCUUGGAGCAACUUGUUAUAACGAUUGAUCGUAAUAGUUAUUCAGCUCCGCAGUCAAAUUUAGGCUCAAUUCAAGCAACUAAAUAUACAGAAUUGGAGCAUCUAAAAUUGGUAAAGUUCAAGGGUUUCACAAAUCCAAUAGCUGAAAUUUCAGUGGCAAAAAUAUUAAUUCAGCUAGUCAAGGGAAAGCCUCCAAAGAUAGAGACGUCAAGUGGGAGCAAUUUGGAUGUAGCAAUUAUGCAAUGAUCUACCUAAUCAUAUUUGAGACGCAUUAGACAUUAAAUAUGGAUCUCUCUACCAGCCAAAAUUCAAAUCUAGAUUCGUCACAUUGCGGAAGUCUAGCCAUUUCCGAUAGAGAAAGUUGUCGCUUAUCCUUUGUAGAUCUUGUUUUAUUUCUUUCUUUUCAUUCUUUUAAAGUAUUCUAGGGAAAGCAUGUCCGAUUGUCUUUCUUUAUAACUAUAUGAAUGGACAAUAGUUCAAUCAUUGAUUAUCUGCAUGAUAUCUCCUUUAUCCUUUUGUAUAAUUUUGUUAUUUUUCACCGAAUGUUAUGAUCUCUUUUUUUUGGCAAAA